AUGUCAGCUUCAUUUGUAACGGUCAGAUCUAAGGCAAUUUCUUUAGAAUCACAAACGGAUUCUCUGUUGACUAAAUAUUCUUCUUUUGCUCAAACAACAAGUUCUGAACCGUCAGGACAAGAAACGCAAUUGCAGGAGAAACUAGAGAAGAUUCUCAACCAGAGACAGGAGACAGUGGAAUCUUUACAAAGAAUUGCAGACAGUGAAAGUAAUAUAUCCACGUCCAAGCUAUCACAGCUACAGCGCCAUAGGGAAACAUUACAAGACAAUUGGCAAACGUUCCGUGACAUUCGCUCCUCCAUACAACAAGAACGCAAUCGCCUUAACCUCUUGUUUUCAGUGAAGAAAGAUUUACAAAAUAGUGCUAGUGAUAAUCAAAAUGAAUAUAUUCAAGAUGAGGCUCGGAGAGUCGAAAAUUCUCACACAGUGGUGGAUUCUUUGAUAGACCAGGCUUAUGAAACCAGAGAGCAGUUCAUGUCACAACGAGUGUUUUUACAAAGGUCUAGUGACAGAAUCUUACAGACUUUGCAACACAUUCCUUUGAUUAAUAAUGUGAUAUCAAAGAUAAACACUAGAAGAAAGAAGAAUGCUGUAAUAUUGGCAUCCUUAAUAUCAAUUUGUAUCUUAGUACUAUUUUUUACAGCAUAA